AUGGGGCCUCAUGCCACCCUGGGCACCAUCCCCGACAGCACGGCGACCAGUGGCCCGAAGAGCUGCAACGCGAAAGAGGUGCCCCAACUGCAGCACUCUGCCGCCCCGGCGACGGCAAUCACUGCAGGUCGAAACGCGACGCUGCAAGAUGCUUUGGGAGAGAUUCAACACAGCGGGACACUGGCACUGCAGCGCCUGGAUGACCAAGUCGCGCCGAUGGCACCUCUGCGAAGCGCUUUGGAGCGCCUCCAACUGAUGACGCCUGAAGCCACAAGAAGCUUCGAAGGUCUGCCUUGGUCCAUUGCCGUUGCGGCGCUCCUCAGCGCCGCGGCCAUUGGCACCGCUGUGUUGUGGUUCUACAGGAAUCACGGCGAUGGAUCUGAUCAGCCUGUCGAUGAAAGCUGGGAUGAGGAGUCCCUUGUGGAACUCCCACGGCUUCAGCCAACAGGGCCAUCUGCCCCAAGACCCAGCGGACCUCGUGUGCAUGCCCUGGAUUACGUCAUGCGAGCCGGACAUGGGCAGCCGAUUCUGAUGGCAUCGCCUUCUGGCCCGGGCGGGGAGGUCAAUGCAAACUUCGUCUGA